AUGUCCACUACGUCAACGCCUACAAUGAACGAGAUGCGUGCCGAGACAAAUUGGCCGGUCCUUAAGUCCUACCUGGAAGAUGGUAAGGUUUCUUUUGAAGACCUCAAGCUACAAUGCGGCAUCUGCCGCGAUACUAUGACAGUGCUGCCCAGCCAACAUCAGACAGACGAGGAUGGCAUGACACAUUCUGCCAUGAUCCUCCCAUGCGGACACAUCUUCGGCAAGUCAUGUAUCGAAUUGGCCUUUGCCGAAGGAUCAAAUCUCGGACCUGUCUGCUUCGCCUGCCGGGCAGACAUUACCUUCACAGAGUGCGAACACGUGCACUUUGGGAUGCCAGUGCCCCAGACAAAGGGGGGCAUCAAGGACAUCCCCGCCAUCCUCUCCAAGGAAGGAGAAAUGGCAGAACGUUGCGGAGGCUGCUUGCUGGAAUAUACGUCAGACAAGCUGAUAGACGAAGUCUCCAAGUUCAACGCUUCCCUGUCGGAUGGGUGUCUGAUGGGGUUCGCAUGUCGGCACCCAUCCUCCGGCAUGGACGGGUCCUGGACCCCGAUGGCGAAUGGCCAAUGCUGCAAGGUGCAAGGGGGAGACACCGCCAUUUGCAAGCCCACCGAAGAAGCCAUGUGGAGGGUAAUUGAGUACCAAGACCAACAGGAUAUUUUUAACUCUGGCAAGUGUUGGUACGAUGAAAAGAUCGACUUGCAAUGGUGGUUCUAUCUGUGGAACCCUCCCAUGACCGAGAAUGCUGCUUUCCAUGAGUACGUGGACUACAAGUACCUCAAGGAGGGCGAGACAGCUACGGGCAUGACCAUGGAAGAGUUGCGCGCCGAGUUCUUCGGCAAGCCUAUGUCCCUUGCGAAGCCAAAGACUCGUCGACUGAUGGAUAUCUACCUUGAGCUCAAGGCUCAGGGAUUUGACGACGACGAUGAUGAUGAUGAGGAUGAAGAUUAA